AUAAAAAUAAAUAAAGAAAACCUUCAUUGCUAUAUUUCUUAUCAGCCUACUGUAGAUAUACAGGAUCUUAUUCAAUUGGAUGAUGCUAUGGAAGAUGAAGAAUUACGUUGUGGGCCUAAUGGGGGUCAUGUAUUCUGCUUGGAAUUUCUUAUUGAAAAUCAGGAAUGGCUGAAAUCGCAAUUAAUUGGCGCUGAUCCAGAUAAUGAAGUAAGCACAGAUCCCGACGAUGAUUAUAUUCUAUUUGAUAUGCCGGGACAAAUUGAGUUAUUUACGCAUUUAACAAUGGGCAAAAAAUUGGUACAAUUGUUGGAGUCGUGGAAUUUUCGUAUAUGCACCGUUUUUUUGAUUGAUUCUCAAUUUAUGAUAGACGGAGCGAAAUUUCUAUCGGGUACAAUGGCGGCUUUAAGAGUUAUGGCAAAUUUAGAAAUGCCGCAUGUAAAUGUUUUAACUAAAAUGGAUUUAUUAAGUAAAAGUGCACGAAAACAAUUAGAUAAAUACUUGGAUCCCGAUCCGAGGGCUUUACUUAACGAUUUGAAAACAGAAUCCGCUUCGGGACGUUCACAUCGCAAAUUAUCGGAAGCUAUUGGAACAUUGAUAGAAGAUUUUAGGUAAACCUUUAUUAUUUGUUUCUAC